UUCAUAUGAUGAGGCUUUUAUUAUGGCCAGUGACCCCUUGGAAGGCUUUCAUGAAGUGAACCUCGCUUCGCCUACUACACCAGAUCUUCUUGGAGUAAAUGAGCCAGGAACUCAGGAACAAACUACCUCACCCAGUGUUAUCUACCGGCCACAUCCUUCUGUUGUGUCCUCCACACCAAUCCAACCCAAUGCAUUAGAUGUUUCUGACCUUCCCACACAACCUGUUUAUUCGUCUCCCAGACAGCUGAACUGUGGAGAAGCAUCAGGUGUCAGCAUCAAUGUUACCAACGCAGUACUCUGUUCUACCUCUGGACCCCAGGGUGGGUCAUUCAAUCACAAUAAUUCCAGAAAGGAGAGCAAUAACGCAGAAAGAGAGUUUUUGCAGGGUGCUACAGUAGCAGAUGUUGCUGAAGGAAAUGAAGAUAUUUUUGGGUUGAGUACAGACAGUUUAUCUCACUUACGGAGCCCAUCUGUACUGGAAGUAAGAGAAAAGGGCUAUGAAAGAUUGAAAGAAGAACUUGCAAAAGCUCAGAGGGAGCUGAAGUUAAAAGAUGAAGAAUGUGAAAGGCUUUCUAAAGUGCGAGAUCAACUUGGACAGGAAUUGGAAGAACUUACAGCUAGUCUGUUUGAGGAAGCACACAAAAUGGUUAAAGAAGCUAAUGUCAAACAAGCUGCAGCAGAAAAACAGUUAAAAGAAGCACAGGGAAAGAUUGAUGUCCUCCAGGCUGAAGUAGCAGCAUUGAAAACCCUAGUACUGUCUACUUCACCGACAUCUCCAACUAAGGAGUUUCAGUCUACUGGAAAAACUCCUUUUAAGAAAGGCCAUGCAAGAAACAAGAGUACAAGCAGUGCUAUGGGUGGCAGUCAUCAGGACCUUACUAUGAUGCAGCCAAUUGUAAAAGACUGCAAAGAGGCUGACCUGUCUUUGUACAAUGAAUUCAGAUCUUGGAAAGAUGAGCCUACUAUGGACAGAACAUGUCCUUUCUUGGACAAAAUUUAUCGGGAAGAUAUUUUUCCGUGUUUAACCUUCUCAAAAAGUGAGUUGGCCUCAGCUGUUCUGGAAGCUGUUGAAAACAACACUCUGAGCAUUGAACCUGUUGGCUUGCAACCUGUUCGAUUUGUGAAAGCUUCUGCAGUUGAAUGUGGGGGACCAAAGAAAUGUGCUCUCAGUGGACAAAGCAAGUCAUGCAAGCAUAGAAUCAAAUUAGGAGAUUCAAGCAGUUAUUACUACAUUUCUCCUUUCUGUCGUUACAGGAUCACUUCUGUGUGUAACUUCUUUACGUAUAUUCGCUACAUCCAGCAAGGACUGUUGAAGCAGCAAGAUG